UGCCGCGACCAACUGGUUCACAGCAUCCGACAGUGACCCCCGAUCUAACUCUCUCUUUCACUCGCGUCCCCUUCUCUCUCCUCCUCUCCCGGGUCACCUCCAUUUCUUUCCUUCCUUUUUCUCCUCUUAGAUACCCGCAAAUCAGCAGCCACCGACGACCCAGAAUCAAGAAAGACAGCGCACGCCCACCUUCCCGCUCCGUCUCUCCGAUCUGGGACUGAUCCGGUUCUCAAGAUGGAGGAGAUGAGAAGAGCGAUCUGGGUAAUUCUCGCGACGGCGGUGUUGGCGAGCAGCGUGAUGGUGGGGGUUCGUGGGGACGACACCAAGACUUUGGUCAAGAAGGUGAAGGGGCAGAAGGUGUGUAUGAAGACGGGAUGGGAGUGUAACACUUGGUCCAAGUACUGCUGUAACGAGACGAUCAGCGACAUCUUCCAGACGUACCAGUUCGAGAACCUCUUCUCGAAGCGGAACUCGCCUGUGGCCCACGCCGUCGGCUUCUGGGACUACCAGUCCUUCAUCCUUUCCGCUGCCCUCUACGAGCCCCUUGGCUUUGGCACCACCGGCAACACGACCAUGCAGAUGAUGGAGGUCGCUGCCUUCCUCGGCCAUGUCGGAGCUAAGACUUCUUGUGGCUAUGGAGUAGCAACUGGAGGACCUCUAGCAUGGGGUCUUUGCUACAACAGAGAAAUGAGCCCUAGCCAGUCAUACUGUGAUGACUACUACAAACUCACCUUUCCUUGUGCUCCUGGAGCUGAAUACUAUGGCCGUGGUGCCCUGCCCAUCUAUUGGAACUACAAUUAUGGUUACAUUGGCGAAGCUUUGAAGGAGGACCUGUUGAACCAUCCAGAAUACAUUGAGCAGAAUGCGACCCUCGCCUUCAUGGCUGCGAUGCAUAAAUGGAUGACGCCGGUCAAGAAAUCACAGCCUUCGCCUCAUGACGUCUUCGUUGGUAACUGGAAGCCCACCAAGAAUGACACUUUGGCCAAGCGUGUCCCUGGCUUCGGCACCACAAUGAACAUCCUUUACGGAGACCAAGUGUGUGGAAAGGGCGAUAUUGAUGACAUGAACGUCAUCGUCUCCCACUAUUUGUAUUACCUUGACCUGAUGGGUGUUGGCCGAGAGGAGGCUGGACCCAAUGAAAUCCUUUCUUGCGCAGAACAGGUCGCUUUCAACCCUAUUACUUCCUCCCCCUCUUCCUCUUCUUGAGCCUCUGAGUAUCUUGCCAGAUGUUCAACCGGUGAAGUCAAACUCAAGAAAUUGUGUAUGUGUUUUGCAUCCAGUUAAUAUCACUAAGAAGCCCUGUGAAUUGGCCCACUGCCAUUAUUUGUUCUUUCCAUUUAUGUCCAGGUUCGGUUUGUUUGUGGAAUAAUCAUAAUGUUUUGCAGUAUAAUUUGUAAUUUUUAUCAUCCAUUUGUUCUGUUGUACUCGCAAACGUGAGAUGUCGUGUUGUAUUACUAUGAGGGGUGUCUC